AAGCUAACUGAAAAUGACUAAACGAGAGAUAAAUUUCCUCAAAAAUCAAUGUAAUACAUAUUUUUGCAAAUCUUUAAUCAAUUGUCAAAUGUACAGAGUUCAUUAGUUUUUCAAACCACUAAUCUAAGACCUCUAAUGUGGCAAAUUGGCAAUGACGAAAUGUACUUCAACAAAAAAGUAUGCGACUACACGUCAUUGGUCCAAUAGAAAUUUUUCUUUUUAUUUAUGUGUCCCGAAAAAAAAAAAAAAAAAAAAAAAAACAUAAACCCUAACACUGGCUAAAACCCACAACUCUUCGUCUCUCUUUCUCUCUCCCCAGUGAUGGUAGCCAUGGAAGCAGAACUUCAAUCCUCUGAAAAUGAGCUGAAAAAUGGAGCAAAAUUAUUAUGCGAAGAAUGCAAUUCUAAAGAAUUCAAGUAUAAAUGCCCAGCUUGCUUUCGCCGCACUUGCAGCCUUCCUUGCGUCAAUUCCCACAAACAACUUUCUGGUUGUACUGGCAAAAAAUCCCUUUCCCAGAUUAUCCCCCUUUCUCAAUUUGACGAUUCUACCCUUCUUUCUGAUUAUAAUUUGUUAGAGGAUGUGAAAAGGGUAGCUGAAUCUGCCCAGAGAAUGCGUGUUAAAUUAUGUGGUUAUCAUCCUCAAUUUAGGCUCCCUUUCCAUCUUAAAGCCCUUCGGACUGCUGUGGCGAGAAAAGGGACUAAGCUUUUGUUACUUCCUGCUGGAAUGGCUAAGAGGGAGAAGAAUCAAACAAGAUAUAAUCAAAGGAAGAAAUCUAUCUCAUGGACAAUUGAAUGGCGAUUUAAUUCAACAGAUGUUGCUUUACUUGAGCAUGGUGUGCACGAGAGCACAACGUUGCGCUCAGUAAUUGAGAAGCAUCUACAGCCUAGCCCCUGGAAAAAUAAGUUGAGGAGAUUUUGUGAAGAACCUCUGGACAACCUCAAGCUUUUUAUACGUAAAUAUCAUAAGGGCAACAAAGCACCAUAUCGUGAGCUUGAUUUAGAUACACCUUUGAACCAACUGUUUGGCGGUCUAGUUAUUUUGGAGUACCCAAUUAUUCGUGUUUUCCUUCCAUCUGAUAGCUAUGAUUUUGAAGUUGUUAAAGAUGUCAGGCCCCCUCCAAGUUGGCGGGACUCCAAGAGACCUGACAAGGAUGAUAUUGCAAGUCCAGUGGGUGUUACUUUUAGAGAGGAAGAGAUUAAAGAAGAUGAAACUGCUCUUGAACCUCAAAUUAUCGAUCUUCUGAAGAGAUCAGAAGCGGAUACGCACAAAACAAACUUGAUUGAUGUUCAGAAGAUCAACGAGCAAUCUAACGACUCGCCAAAUAAGUCCCAGAGACAUAAAAUUGAAAGUGACAUAGUUUUUCCCGGUGACGUCAAGGAAGUUGAAAUGUUGGAUGCAAAAAAUGAGGAUUUUGAUUUCGACCAAGAGUUGAUUGACGCAUAUUCAUUCCUCAUGGAAGAAAACAAUCCGGAUGACUAUCUUAAUUACAAACCUGAUGGUGAAGCAGGGGACCAUGUAGAUACUAAUGUAUACUUUGCAGAUGUGGAAGAAUUGGAGGAGGGAGAGAUUCCCAACUCUGAAGUCUGAAUAACCUUGUCAAAGGAAAUUCAAGGAUGAGUCCUCGUUUGUAACAAUUAUCCCUCUGCAAAGCAGUUGGAGUAGAUUACACAGGUUUUCUGGUAUUUUAAAGUAACACCGCCUGGGUAUAAGUUAGAAGAUUAUUUCUACUGAUGCUGUUAUUUUAUAGAGGGUUUUCUCCUUGAUACAGAUAGUUGUUAAGCGAUUUUUCCAAUUUGUUGAAACCUUUGUUGUAAACUUGUAACACUGCAACACAUGUGAAAGUUUACUUUAAAAUUA